AGACAUUUGAAGUUCUACAAUGAACCCAUCAGAGAUGCAAAGAAAAGCACCUCCACGGAGAUGGUAACACCAGUCACAUGGAUGGAUAAUCCUAUAGAAGUAUAUGUUAAUGAUAGUGUAUGUGUACCUGGCCCCACAGAUGAUUGCUGCCCUGCCAAACCUGAGGAAGAAGGGAUGAUGAUAAAUAUUUCCAUUGGGUAUCAUUAUCGUCCUAUUUGCCUAGGGAAAGCACCAGGAUGUUUAAUGCCUGCAGUCCAAAAUUGGUUGGUAGAAGUACCUACUGUCAGUCCUAACAGUAGAUUCACUUAUCACAUGGUAAGCGGGAUGUCACUCAGGCCACGGGUAAAUUAUUUACAAGACUUUUCUUAUCAAAGAUCAUUAAAAUUUAGACCUAAAGGGAAAACUUGCCCCAAGGAAAUUCCCAAAGGAUCAAAGAAUACAGAAGUUUUAGUUUGGGAAGAAUGUGUGGCCAACAGUGUGGUGAUAUUAUAAAACAAUGAAUUCGGAACUAUUAUAGAUUGGGCACCUCGAGGUCAAUUCUACCACAAUUGCUCAGGACAAACUCAGCCGUGUCCAAGUGCACAAGUGAGUCCAGCUGUUGAUAGCGACUUAACAGAAAGUCUAGACAAACAUAAGCAUAAAAAAUUACAGUCUUUCUACCCUUGGGAAUGGGAAGAAAAAGGAAUCUCUACCCCAAGACCAAAAAUAAUAAGUCCUGUUUCUGGUCCUGAACAUCCAGAAUUGUGGAGGCUUACUGUGGCCUCACACCACAUUAGAAUUUGGUCUGGAAAUCAAACUUUACAAACAAGAGAUCGUAAGCCAUUUUAUACUAUCGACCUAAAUUCCAGUCUAACGGUUCCUUUACAAAGUUGCAUAAAGCCCCCUUAUAUGCUAGUUGUAGGAAAUAUAGUUAUUAAACCAGCCUCCCAAACUAUAACCUGUGAAAAUUGUAGAUUGUUUACUUGCAUUGAUUCAACUUUUAACUGGCAGCACCGUAUUCUGCUGGUGAGCGCAAGAGAAGGCAUGUGGAUCCCUGUGUCCAUGGACCGACCGUGGGAGGCCUCGCCAUUCAUCCAUAUUUUGACUGAAAUAUUAAAAGGCGUUUUAAAUAGAUCCAAAAGAUUCAUUUUUACUUUAAUUGCAGUGAUUAUGGGAUUAAUUGCAGUCACAGCUACGGCUGCUGUGGUAGGAGUUGCAUUGCCCUCUUCUGUUCAGUCAGUAAACUUUGUUAAUGAUUGGCAAAAGAAUUCUACAAGAUUGUGGAAUUCACAAUCUAGUAUUGAUCAAAAAUUGGCAAGUCAAAUUAAUGAUCUUAGACAAACUGUCAUUUGGAUGGGAGACAGGCUCAUGACCUUAGAACAUCAUUUCCAGUUACAGUGUGACUGGAAUAUGUCAGAUUUUUGUAUUACACCCCAAAUUUAUAAUGAGUCUGAGCAUCACUGGGACAUGGUUAGACGCCAUCUACAGGGAAGAGAAGAUAAUCUCACUUUAGACAUUUCCAAAUUAAAAGAACAAAUUUUUGAAGCAUCAAAAGCCCAUUUAAAUUUGGUGCCAGGAACUGAGGCAAUUGCAGGAGUUGCUGAUGGCCUCGCAAAUCUUAACCCUGUCACUUGGAAUAAGACCAUCAGAAGUACUAUGAUUAAAAAUCUCAUAUUAAUCCUUGUGUGCCUGUUUUGUCUGUUGUUAGUCUGCAGGUGUACCCAACAGCUCCGAAGAGACAGACAUCAAGAACGGGCCAUGAUGAUGAUGGCGGUUUUGUCGAAAAGAAAAGGGGGAAAUGUGGGGAAAAGCAAGAGAGAUCAGAUUGUUACUGUGUCUGUAUAGAAAGAAGUAGACAUAGGAGACUCCAUUUUGUUCUGUACUAAGAAAAAUUCUUCUGCCUUGAGAUGCUGUUAAUCUAUGACCUUACCCCCAACCCCGUGCUCUCUGAAACAUGUGCU